AUGCUACGCUUUCACAUAGGGAGGAGCAGCGUCGGCAAUCGAAGCAACAUGCGUGGCACAUUCAAUCGAUACUCUUCCUUGUCCGCGGUCGACCCAAUCACCAUCUCGAAUGAUCGCCAGAAGAUCACAAUUCGUUUCGAAGAUGGAAGUGAGGUCACACAGCCAUUCUAUCCUACGCCAAAGGUGAAGAGCGAAAAGCUCGCCGCAACACUUGCUUCUUUGCUUUCGGCUCCAGACCUGGAUCCUGCGACCGAGACUUCAUCAUUCGGCACUCUCCAGUGGGAACUCGAUCCCUUGGGCGAUGCCGUCCACAGGCAUGUUGCUCUAUCAUCGCCGGAGGAAUGCGACAAGAUCGAAAAGUCGAUCAUGGAAGAAGCUGAAACGAUGAACCACCACCCACAUAUUGCCCGAGUCCGUGACCUCGAUGACAAGCCAACCUGCCUUACCAUCACAUGCACUACGCACAGUCCGCGAGGUCUCAGUGGUCGAGAUACAAGACUGGCUACAAAGAUCAACGAACUCCUAGCAGGCGUCGAGGUUGCGUGGCCACUCAAAGCAGCGGGGGCCGACCAAGACAUGUCACGAUUACAAGAGCAGAUCAGGGCGAGACGUAAACAAAGUAUCGACUUGAAUCGGCAAAAGAUCUUGGAAGCUCUCGAAAGCUGCGGCUGCGAGAUUGCAAAGUCAUGA